AUGUUUAUCUUCAAAAAAUCAACAACAACAUUUAUGUUGAUGAUGACCAUUGCUGUUAAAAUAGUGGCCGGUGCUGAUGAAAGUAUUUUAAAAUUUUAUCCAUAUAAACCAAUAUUAGAAUUACCUGAACAUUUAUGUAAAGAAUUGGAAGUAAUAAAUUUAUUCUAUAGUUGUACAAUAUUUGCCGCUGAUUAUUGGAAAACAAAAGUUGAAGAUUAUUAUACAAUAUCACAAAAAUUUUGUUGUUUUGUUUGGAAACAAUUAUCAUGUGAAAUUAAAAUUGCUAAAGUCUGUGUUAAAUCCAAUACGAAUGCGGCCAAUUUCACCAGGUUAUUGGAGGCAACAUCAAUCGACAUGUUUAAACCGUUUUGUGAACAAAAUGGUUAUGGACAAUUUUCAUGGUUUUGUUAUUAUAAUAACACCGAUUUAAUGAUAUUUGGUGGAGUGAUUAUAGCUGCCAUUUUAUUGACCAUCGGUUUCGGCAUAUGGAUGGGUCCAAUGUGUGGAUUUUGUAUCUUUACACAGGUUACUGGCAUGUUUCUUAGUUUUAAACAACCGGAUCCAUUAGUUAAUUAUCAUGUAAAUUAUGAAAGAUAUUUACAUGACAUUAGAGAAUAGAUUGUUGUUUGCAUCAACA